CCUCUCUUCUCUCUCUUCACCCGUCCUAUCUUAUUCCUCUCUCUCUGUCUAUUCCGAGUGGCUGUAUGAGUCAGCAAAACACUGCCUUCAUACUGGAGCCUCAUGGCCAGUGGAAGUGAUAAAAGAUGAUUCAGGGUUGAUCACUGCAGAAGAAAGACAGCUAUCAGUGAGGAACAGCUGAAGAUGGGAUCUACUUUCUUGCCAACGGUGGGUCGUAUGGCCGUGUGUGGCGGUACCCAUGGAAAUGAGAUGUCGGGAGUGUACAUAGUGAGAGAGAUGGAGAGACAGCGGAGAGUGAUGGGAGACGGUGUGUGGCCCAUUCCUGUGACAACAGUUCUGUCAAACCCGCGGGCUGUGAAAGAGUGCAGAAGAUACAUUGACACGGAUAUGAACCGCUGCUUCAGCAGUGCCAUACUGAGUUCUCCAAUUACAGACAGCAGCCCGUAUGAAGUGUGGCGAGCUCAGGACCUGAACGCUCUUCUGGGCCCGAAGGGGUCUGCGGGUGCCAUAGACAUGAUCUGCGACCUCCAUAACACCACUUCUAACAUGGGACUGACUCUCAUCCAUUACACCACCAAUGACUGGGUGAACAUGCACAUCUGCAAAUACUUACAGACAAAGAUAACCCAAGUGCCUGUGCGAGUGGUAAUAUUGGAAGUUCCCAUUAGUGAUGCAUAUUCGUUGGAAUCUGUGUCCAAGCAUGGCUUUACGAUGGAGGUUGGGCCGCAGCCGCAUGGUGUCAUCAGGGCAGACAUUUAUAACUUAAUGAAAGAGGGUGUGGAUAUGACAAUAGACUGGAUACAAAAAUUCAACUCAGGAACAGUAUUUGAUGGUGGGGAGGUUGAAGUCUUUAUCUGGCACAAGAGUGUUGAUUAUCCCAGAGAUCCUGACACUCAGGAGCUCAACGCUGUCAUUCACCCUCAGCUGCAGGACCGAGACUUCUGCCAGCUCAAGAAAGGUGAUCCUUUGUUUUUGUCAUUUUCUGGAGAAACUGUGAAGUACGAGGAAGAAUCACUUUAUCCUUUCUUUAUCAACGAGUGUGCCUACUAUGAAAAAGGAAUCGCUUUCCACUUGGCAAAAAAGAUUAAGCUGCCGAUUCCAACAGUGCAAGUACAAAAAGACUGA